AUGGCUGCAAAAAACACAUCAGAUCUCCUCAAGCGGCCUCUUUACGUCUAUGAUCUUCCCCAAGAAGUCCUGACAACGCUCUCCCUGAAGCCCGACGCCUCCAUACUCGAACAGGCCCCCCCAUCGCCUCCCUCAAAAGACACCUCUUCCUCCGAUCUCGUCGGCUCACAGGCCUGUUCCCUUUGCGGUGUCACUUUCUCCACCGUUGUUGAUCAGCGCAGCCAUCAAAAGUCUGAUUGGCACCACUACAACUUGAAGCAGAAGCUGCGCAGCGCCAAGCCGGUGUCCGAGAAUGAUUUCGAAAAGUUGAUCGGAGACCUUGACGAGAGUCUGUCGGGUUCAGAUUCUUCAGAGUCCGAGGAUGAGGAGGUCGAAACGGGUCGCAAAGAGUCCACUCUCACAGCACUGCUGAAGAAGCAAGCGACGCUUGCCGACAAGUACGCAUCGCCAACUACAGAAUACAAUGAUGGAGACGAAGAGACGAUACGACGCAGAGGGAAGGGCAACCCGCCUCUGAUCUGGUUCAGCUCACCAGUACUCCCGUCAAACACAUACUUUGGCCUCUACAGGGCUAUCUUCGGCAGCGAAGAGCUGCACGACGAGACAAAGCUGGUAGAAGUCAUAAGAAACAAGCAGUUGGAUCCUAUAACCGCGCCCAAGAUCCCAAAAGACGGCGCAGCACCGCCGCCGGCGGCGUAUAAAGGCCCUCACUUCUUCUUGUGCAUGAUUGGCGGUGGUCAUUUCGCUGCCAUGGUGGUAGCAUUACCACCACGACAGAACAAGUCUUCAGCGGGCGCAAUGAAUCGCGAAGCGACUGUCCUUGCUCGCAAAACGUUCCAUCGAUAUACAACUCGACGGAAGCAGGGUGGCUCGCAAUCAGCCAACGACAACUCCAAGGGCAAUGCCCACUCGGCCGGUGCCAGCAUUCGUCGGUACAAUGAACAGGCUUUGGUGGAUGAUGUACGCAACCUCCUCCAGGAAUGGAAGGGAUUGCUUGAUUCGUCAGAGUUGCUCUUCAUUCGAGCAACCGGAGCAACAAACCGGCGGACGCUAUUUGGACCGUACGAUGGGCAAAUAUUGAAACACAAUGAUGCUAGGAUACGAGGGUUCCCGUUCAGCACGCGAAGAGCGACCCAGAACGAAUUGAUGAGAUCUUUCAUUGAGCUCACAAGACUAAAAGUCAGGGAGAUCAACCCGGAGGACGAGACAAAACCGAAAACCGAAACCCCUACCCCUGCAAAGACUGCUUCUCUGAAGCCUACAAAGCCGAAGCUCACGGAAGAAGAGGAGGCUGCGCUGUUACACACAUCACAGAUUCAGGCCUUUAUUCGGCGGUCGAAACUUCCAGCCUUGCUGUCCUACCUCAAGACGAACCAAGUCCCUCCCGACUUCCAGUUUCAGCCAUCGGACCAAAACCACCACUCGCCAACACCCCUACACUUGGCUUCUCAUCAGAACGCUGCGCCUCUGGUUCUCGGCCUUAUCACACGUGGUGGUGCAUCUCCCCUGGUCACCAACAAAGACGGCAAGACUGCGUUCGAACUUGCAGGUGACAGGUCAACAAGAGACGCCUUCCGGGUCGCUCGAUCAGAGCUUGGUGAGGAUAAGUGGGACUGGGAGACCGCACGCGUACCAGCACCCCUUAGCAAGGCAGAUGCUGAGAAACGUGACGAGAGAGACAGGAAAGAAAAGGAUGCCCAAGAGACGGAAAGAAGACGCGCCGAGGAGGAGAGGUUACGGGUCGAAGGGCCCAAGGUUGACGGCAGGAGGCCAAAGACUGGCGGGUUGGCGGCUGUUGCGUCUUCGAAGACGGCGCAGGAGAAGAGGGUAGAAGAAGCUAGGGGUCUCACUCCUGAGAUGAGAAUGAAGCUCGACCGGGAGAGGAGAGCGAGGGCCGCCGAGGAGCGUUUCAAACGCAUGCAGGACGGUUCAUAG